AUGGGUUCGAAACUCGCAUUUGGCUGGGCUUGCUUGUUAACAUGUUUGAUGGUAUUGGUUACCGAAGUUCGAGGCCAAGUCAAGUUUUUCAACGUGAUGAACUACGGUGCAGUUGCAGAUGGAGCAACCGAUAACAGUGAAGGAUUUGUGAGAGCAUGGAAGGAAGCAUGUGAAUGGAAGGGAAGGGCUAGGGUUUUGAUCCCGCAAGGAACAUACAUGGUGAGCUCGGGGAGAUUUGAGGGUCCAUGCAAGGGGCUGAUGACCGUUAUGAUUAAAGGGGUGCUCAAGGCUCCUACUGAUCCAACCAAGUUUUCAACGGAGAAUUGGAUAAAUUUCCGAUAUGUUGACCGUUUGACCGUGAGUGGCGGCGGCACCUUAGACGGCCAGGGACAGGUGGCUUGGCGCUUCAAUGACUGCAGAGACAAUCCCAAUUGUCCUGCUCUACCUACUACAAUGAGAUUUGAUUUUGUGACCAAUGCUCGGAUUCAUCACUUGAGGUCUAUUGACAGCAAAAGCAACCAUCUUGUGAUAUUCGGUUGUGAGAAUGUGAACAUUAGUAGUAUCAGAAUAUCGGCUCCCGGCGACAGCCCCAACACAGACGGGAUCAAAAUUGGACACUCACACCGCAUUGGAAUCGCGCAUUCCACAAUCAGCACCGGCGACGAUUGUAUAGCCAUGCUGUCCGGAGCUACAAAGAUCCAUAUUUCUAACGUUGUUUGUGGACCCGGGCAUGGGAUAAGCAUCGGCAGCCUCGGCAAAAACGGAGACGAAGAUGAUGUGAGCGGAGUAGUCGUCAGAAACUGCACCUUUCAAGGUACUUCUGAUGGAGUGAGAAUCAAAACGUGGGCUUCUCCGUCACUCGGCAGGGCUUCUGAUUUUAUAUAUGAAGACAUUUUCAUGGAACAUGUCGGCAAUCCCAUCAUUAUUGAUCAAGAAUACUGCCCUUACCCCCCUUGCAAUCAAGAGGGCUCUCUUGUGCAAAUCAGCAAUGUCACAUACAGAAACAUAUGGGGAAUUUCCGAUUCAAAAGUUGCAGUUACUCUCCGAUGUAGCGGAAGCAGAUCAUGCAAAAACGUAGUGUUGGAGGACAUCAAUCUGGCUUACCGUGGCCCUGGCGGACCUGCAACCGCGCUGUGCUCUCAUGUGAAUGGUCGCUCUCUUGGCCAUCAAACCCCUCCCUCUUGCAUAUAG